AUUUAACCGACCUAUACAAAAUUGACGAAUGGUUUCCGUUAAUGUUUGUAGUCUACACCAAUCCCAUAUCUGAACCUGGACGAACCCUUCAGAAAUAACCUCCUCUCUUAUCCUCUACCAAUCAGUUCUCCAGUGUUAGCAGCAAACCUAAGAUCAUUGGUCAACCUUUUAAUUUCUAAUUUACUGUUUAAAAACACUAUCAGGUAUCAAUAUUCGAUCUGAUUCUGAAUCCUGUAAUUUUCAGACUCUCUCCAGACAAAUGCUAUUAUUCCCAAUUGAUUUUAUUGGAGCAUCAUCGUUCAGUGCAGUGGCACUCAAAGAGGACAAUACUUUAGGGAUAUUAUUACGAAUCAUCAACAGGUUCAAUUUGUGAUAAAUAAAGUGCUGCGUCCCAUUGUUAACAUGAAAACUAAGGAGGAUAAUCUUCCUGCAGUGCAAUCAGUUGUCAAAGAUGGAUCAUUCGUUCAGAUAAAGGUGCUGUUCUUCGCCAAAGCUCGAGAUAUAACAGGGUUGACCGAGUUAUCAAUGGAGGUUUCAUCUGGUAGCACUACUCAAGAUUGUCUGAACAAGCUUGUUGCAAAGUUUCCUAACUUGGACGAGAUUCGUCAGUGCAUUGUUCUUGCUCUCAAUGAAGAAUACACAACCGAGUCAGCUGUUGUGAAAGACAAAGAUGAAUUGGCCAUUAUUCCUCCUAUAAGUGGCGGGUAAGCAUUUUCUGUUUCAUAUUUCUUAAAGGCACUCAAAGAAUAAAGCACAAGCUUCAUCUGUAUAAUGUUUGUUGGAGCACUCGAAUUUGCAAUAUUUGAGUCGUUAAUGUUAAUGUUGCAUGGUACUGCAUUCUAUGUUACUCAAAAUUUCAUUUUCAUAAAAGAAAUUAUGUUCGACAUUUGUGUCUUACACUUAUGUUACUUGAAUUCAAGUGGGAGUGUUAGGUAUGGUUAUGUGCCUGGCUCUAGUAUGUCGUAAUAUGCAUUAGACACUAGUGUUGGGCACAAAUGCUUAGAGAAAAAUGAAAAGUUGGACUAAUAUACUCCGACAUAAACUCUAACAUGGAUAUGGUAGUAUCAUCUUCUAAAAUAUUUAGGAAAAAGUAAGAAUACUCGUGUCGGACAUAUGCUUGUAUCUAGCAUUUACUGCCAAUUUGGGUAACAUAGAUUGCACUUUGUUCGUUCAGAGGAUGAGGUUGGUGUUGUAAGUUCAAGUUGUGGAAAAUACAGUAGUCAUUUAUGUUAUAGAAUCAUCUCUCAUUGAACAUAAUGUUUAAUGGAGCACCUAAAUUUGCAACAUUUUGAGUCAUUUAUGUUAAUGUUUCUAUGCUACCGCAAUUUAUAUUACUCAGAUUUUCAUUUUUAUUAUA